UAUACCUCUCAAUCUCUCCCUAUUUUUUUUUGUUCAAAAUUUCUCCUGGGCUCAUUAAUUGUGUAGUUGAAGCUAAAAGGAUUGCCUCUGAGUUUCUAUAUAUUGAGUGAUGUUAGAUCAUGGUAGCUAGUAACUUGCCUUGAAAGGUAUCUAUGUUCCCCAUUCCGCAAAAUGUUCGAUUGUAACUACAAGUCACAAUAUAUUGGUGGCCAGAAGGAGAAAUUCGUAAGAUUGGAUGAUUUUGAUACAUUACCAGUGACCUCUAAUAAGAAAGGAAUGAAGAAAAUGAGAUUUAAUUUAGAUGGUUUUAACAUAGCUGGCCCUGAAAAGAAAACUGCUUCAAAAUCCCUUAGGUAUGGGGUGAAAAGAGGAUCAGAAGGAAUGUUAACAAUUGGACGAUCACUUAGAACAGGAGUCACUCGUGCAGUGUUUCCAGAGGACCUUAAGGUGUCUGAGAAGAUGAUUUUUGAUCCUCAAGACAAAUCUCUUCUGUUAUGGAAUAGGCUUUUGAUCAUAUCAUGCAUUUUAUCAGUAUCCGUUGAUCCUUUGUUCUUUUAUCUUCCUGUCUUCAACUAUCGGAUGGCCUGUCUGGGUAUGGAUACAAAUUUAGCAGCAACAAUUACAACUAUGAGGACACUACUUGAUGUUUUCUAUCUGAUUCGCAUGGCUCUUCAGUUUCGAAUAGCCUAUGUUGCACCAUCAUCAAGGGUUUUCGGACGAGGUGAACUUGUGAUUGAACCUACACAGAUAGCCACCAGAUAUUUAAGCCGUUAUUUUUUUGUUGAUUUUCUCUCUGUGCUACCUCUGCCUCAGAUAGUGGUAUGGAAAUAUCUUAACAAUAAAAAGAAGGGCUCGGAGGUGUUAGCUACCAAGCAGGCAUUGCUAAUUAUUGUUUUUCUUCAAUACAUCCCAAGGUUUGCUCGCUUUUUGCCUUUGGGGUCAGACCUGAAAAAGACUGCCGGUUCCUUCGCUGAGAGUGCUUUUGCUGGUGCUGCGUACUAUCUGCUUUGGUACAUGCUUGCCAGUCAUAUAGCAGGUGCUUUCUGGUAUUUACUAGCCAUUGAACGCAAAGAUACAUGCUGGAGAGAAGCUUGCAUUCUAAGUGGGAAAUGUAACAUAGACUUCUUGUAUUGUGGCAACAAAGCACUGCCAGGUUUCCACGGUUGGCGAAGGAUAAGUGAUAAGGUUCUUGGAAACAAAUGUUCUGUUAGCAAAGAUGAUAAUCCACGAUUUAAUUAUGGAAUCUAUUUCCAGGCUAUGUCAUCAGACAUUGUGUCAUCCAGGAACUUUGUCUCCAAAUUCUUUUACUGUUUAUGGUGGGGCCUGCAAAAUUUGAGUACACUUGGUCAGGGCCUACUAACAAGCACCUAUCCUUUGGAAGUUAUCUUUUCUAUACUAUUAGCUAUUGCUGGUCUUAUCCUCUUCGCACUUCUGAUUGGAAAUAUGCAGACCUACCUUCAGUCUCUUACUGUUCGUUUAGAGGAGAUGAGGAUUAAAAGGCGUGAUUCUGAGCAGUGGAUGCAUCAUCGCUUGCUUCCGCAGGAUCUUAGAGAGCGAGUUAGGCGCUAUGAUCAGUACAAAUGGUUGGAAACUCGUGGAGUGGAUGAAGAGACUUUGGUUCAAAGUCUACCAAAAGAUCUUAAAAGGGAUAUUAAGAGGCAUCUCUGUCUGAAUUUGGUCAGAAGAGUCCCUCUAUUUGCCAACAUGGACGAAACAUUGUUGGAUGCCAUCUGCGAGAGACUGAAGCCAAGUUUGUAUACAGAAGAGACUUACAUCGUCCGUGAAGGGGAUCCAGUUGACGAGAUGCUUUUCAUCAUUCGCGGACGCCUGGAGAGUGUAACUACAGAUGGUGGAAGGAGUGGAUUUUUCAACAGAGGUGUAUUGAAAGAAGGGGACUUUUGUGGUGAGGAGCUUCUGACUUGGGCACUGGACCCUAAAUCUCUCGGUAAUUUGCCAUUAUCAACUAGGACAGUGAGGGCAUUGACUGAGGUAGAAGCUUUUGCCUUAGAAGCUGAAGAGCUGAAGUUUGUUGCAUCUCAAUUUAGGCGUCUUCAUAGCAGGCAGUUGCAACACACCUUCCGUUUCUACUCUCAGCAAUGGAGGACUUGGGCUUCCUGCUUUAUCCAAGCUGCUUGGCGCCGGUAUUCCAGGAGGAGAGCAGCAGAACUUCGUCGCCUAGAAGAAGAGGAGGAGGAAGAGGAGGUAGAUUAUGACGAGGAAGAUGAUGAUGAAAGGGCAUUAGUUGACGAAAAUGAUGGCUCUGCUAGACUAGGUGCAACAAUCCUUGCUUCACGCUUUGCUGCCAAUGCUCUUCGUGGACACAGGCUUCGCAGCUUGAAUUCCAGAGCCUUGAUGAAGCUGCAGAGGCCUCCAGAACCUGACUUCAGUGAGGAGUAAUAAGUGGAAGCAGGGAUGGUUUUAUCUAUCUGGAUAUUCUUAUACAUUUUUAUCAUUGGAAAGUAGAGAGUAGUAUCAUUUCAACCUGUUCAACCAAAUUAUGUUAUAUUUUGUAUUGUUAGCAGCAGCGCCUUGCAAAUUAGCUAUGGUGUACCUCAAAUAAGGUUAUUGAAACAUCACUUGGGUAUAUUAACAUGUUAAGUCCGUUGUCUUACAUCUAAAAGCAAACCACUCACAGCUUGU